AUGCCUACACCACUGCCCUCGAGUUUCGCUUCCGCCGCCGCUGGCAACACCCAAGACCCUAGUCGGAGAGGGGAUGGAAGUGCUGGUGCAGAAUGGUCUCGAUCCCGCAUCAACGGAGCCACCCAGACCUUCCGCCGCCCAUCUGUUGCUACUAACCCCACGCAUACUCGUGAGAGUAGCCAACCGGUUUCUGCCUCGACAUCUACCUCGGGAGCCUAUGUUCCUCCCCACAUGAGCUCAAAUACUUUGUCUAAUGCCCUACGGAAUGGGGAAGCCCGAUACUCCAAGGAGCAACUCUUAGACAUGUAUAAGGCACAGAGAGAGUCGGGUUCCUUGGGUAAACAUGUGGAGGAUUACUUCAUGGGCGACUGGGACCCCCAUACGGUUUCUGCUGCCGUGAAUGGAGCAUGGGGGAAGCGGGACGACCACAAGAGCUCCGCGGGGCCUGAGGUGUGUUGGGACCACGGUGGUCAAGCUGAACCUUUGAGCCUGGAUGAUAUGACAGAUAGCGAGAGAGAGUUCUUUGCCGCGUCUGUUAACUCCCCUCUGAAGCCCCCACCAACCAACGCCGCGAAAGAGAAUGUCGCUCCGACGCCUGGCCGCAAAGGGUCAAUUUCUUACACCCAAGGCCACAUUAAUAACUACAAUACCUCUUCUCCUAAUGCGAGCCGCCCCGGUGUUAGACGUCGAGAGACGGGAGACUCGGUGGGAAAUCCCAUGUCACCUACUGCAUCUAACUCCAGAUUUUUCCGCGACGAGGCGAACACUUCUACCCCUCCCCCCGCCCUCCUCCGUCGGAAGACCGAUUUUAGAGAUCCAGGCGCAAAACCGGACGAGAAGCCUAAGGACGGUGGUAAUACCGACUCUCCCUUCGGCUCUUUGAAACGCAGCUCCACCAAUCCUCUAAAUACGGCUGUAGGGGGGGGACCAGGCUCGCCCUGGGGACCCGCAUCCGCAUCAGCGAGCGCCAAUUUCUCUCCGAUGGGAGCUUUUGGUGCUUUCUCUCUUGGAUCGGGCUCCGUCUCUGCUACAACACCCACUGCGGAAAAGAAGCCCGGAUACGGAAGUCUGCGGGGUGAAAGCAGAUUCAAGGGUUUACUUUCAAAGGAUAGCUCGGAGGAUAUUGCCGCUUCUGCACGAGAGAAAAACUUGAACAGCCUUGAACGACUCGUGGAGGAUGAUGCUGGAAAUCGCGCGCAGUCACCAUGGGGUGAUGCAGUGAAGAACCGGGUCGGACGAAGUGAGACCAAUCCAUUUGACGAGCCUCGCAGUGGCAGCGCUGCUCUCGGUGGAUCUCAAGAUGUCGAGGCGCCUGGUCAAGAUGCUGGAUUUGGUGCAUUUGGCAUGACUUCGAGCAUCCCCGGCUUCCGAGAGUUGAUGCAUAGUCAGGAGAAUUCGAGAAACCCCACUCCCAGUCUGCUGCAAGGCCACGAACCUACCAGCCCAACCAACACCAAUCCUUACCAAAGUCCCCAUGGUGACCGAACUGGUGGAGAGGCCGAGGACGUUGAUACUGAUGGUUCAGAUAUUCAGCACCCUCAACACCCUGGUCUCAGUGGAUUGCGCGAUCCAUCGAACCCGUUCGGAUCUUUGAGACGAGCUGGUUCAGGAGUCGACAUGCCCUCAGUCGACCGCAGCCAGAACUCGAGUGUUAAUGCUAACCGAACUUUCUCUGGCCUUGGUAGCUUGGGUGGUCUUCCUUCCCUUGGCGGGGGCUCCGGCUGGCCCUCUGGAGGUGCCAUCGGCACACCAACUCGUGAGCGUUCUGCAUUUGGUGGUGGUGGAUUCGGAGAUCCAAUUUUUGGCAACAUGGGCGACCUGCAAUCUCCCAGCCUGUCUGGCCUUGGAGGCGGUGGUCUUUUCAGCCCUCAUGCUGGAAUUUCAGGCACGGCAAGCAUCGGCCGAGGAAGCAAGCUCGGAGCUCUGUUUUCAAACAUCCCAGAUGAGCAGGGACGACCAGAUUCCGUCGGCCUAGGCGACGCUGCUGGACUUGAUUUUCAAGGUCAAGCAAGCAAGACUGGAUCAAACUCUGCAUCUGAAACACCUGUGUCUGGCGUAGGUGCUAUCCCAGUCAACUUGGGCCAUGAGACUCCACAGGCUCAGACUCCCGGAGGAACUAUCCCCGCUUCUCAGCAACGUACUAUGGUUAUGCCAGACCGGAUGCGCUGGAUCUACCGCGACCCGCAGGGCAACAUCCAAGGACCUUGGACUGGCCUUGAAAUGCACGACUGGUUUAAGGCUGGAUUCUUUAGUCCCGAUCUUCAAAUUAAGAAGCUCGAGGAUGGAGAAUUCGAGCCCCUUGCACAGCUCGUGCGUCGUAUUGGGAACUCUCGCGAGCCAUUCCUUGUCCCCCAGAUUGGCAUCCCACAUGGUCCUGAGCCCAAUGCCACCCCGUGGACAACCCAAACACAGGGAUCUGCCCAGCCUCCAUUCCCUGGUAGUUUUCCUAGUUUCGGCACGACUCUGACUGCUGAGCAGCAAAAUGCUCUUGAGCGUCGAAAGCAAGAGGAGCAGUAUCUUAUGGCUCGCCAGAAGGAGCACCUUGCUCAACAGCAGGCUUUGCUGAAGAACAUCGGAGUUCCUGGUGCACCUCCAUCAUUGCAGCCCCAGCUCCAGCAUCAGUCAAGUGCUCAUAGCCUUCACAGCCAGCCCAGCUUUGGCAGCAUUGCCUCCCCUGGUGCUUACCAGCCUUCUCCCAUCCAGCCCGCGCUGCAGGGGCAAUCCCAGGGAGUUCCUGGUUUCUUCGAUGGUGCCCCUCAACUCAGACAGGGAGGCCUGUCCGGUAUUGGCCCGGGUAUGCUUGGCACCGAGCUUGGGGGUGGACAAGAUCAGCUCCCUGCUCUUCUUGACCGCUUGAACGUAGGCAGACAGGACCCCUUCGCCUUCGGUAGCAGCUCGUCGUUCUCUGGCCGCCAGCCCGAGGGCCUCUUGCAUUCUCAGCAAGUGGCUUCCAUGCUACAGGAUCGUGCCCAACUUCAAGAGGAGCAGGAGCAGUUCGACAAGGCUAAUGCCAAUGAUCCUUUCGACCAGCAGGCCCGUGAGGAGCGCCUUCGUCAAUUCCAUGCCUUGAGAGCCCAAGAAGGAGAGUUGGGCAUGCGCACUGUUGAUGGCCUUCCUACUCACCCAGCUGCCGCUUCUCAGCAACUCGAGUCAGAAGUUGCCGCUGCGUUGGAGGCAGCUCAAGAGGCAGAGCUUAUCGGCGAAGAGCCUACGCUCACUCUGUCCCAGCAAGUUCACAAGGCAGCUUCUGCCCAACGGCAGCAACAGGAAGAGCAAGAGCAGCAAAUCCCCGAGUCCGUGUGGGGUAAUACCAAGCUGGACCAUGCCAUGCCUCAGCCCUUCCCACCUCCUCCAUCCGCCUCGCCCCUGCCUGCCCCAGCUGCUCAGCGCAACCGCCAGCAUGUUGCUGACGCCUUGGCAGCUGGAUCUCGAUCUGAAACUCAGACUCCCAUCGAUGCUCCUCCUACCUCUGUCGCGCCAUGGGCCAAGGAUGCUAACGAGUUGCCCAAGGGUCCUUCCCUGAAGGAGAUCCAAGAAGCCGAAGCCCGCACCGCCGCUCAGCGCGAGGAACUCGCCGCUGCCGCUCGUCGUGCUCAACUUCUUGCUGAACAAGAACGUCUUAGCCAAGCCCAAGCCCAGGUCGUCCCUGGUCUUCCCUCCUCGGCCAACUGGGCCAGCAGUGGAUCCCCUGCGACACCUACCUCCACUGGAUCUGCGUGGGCCACCAAGGCUCCAGCUGCUCCCACCAACACCGCUACCAAGAAGACUCUUGCCCAAAUCCAAAAGGAAGAGGAGGCUCGCAAGAACCGCCUCGCAGCUGCAGCUGCUGCCGCCGCUCAGACAGCCACUCCCAGCCCUCCUGCAUCUGCUGGCAAGCGCUACGCCGAUCUUGCUAGCAAGGUCGCUGCUCCUUCUCCAGCUUCCGCUGGAGCUGCUAUCGCUCCCUCAGGCGCUGCCAGCGCCUGGACUACCGUCGGUGCCAGCGGCAAGGCCAAGACACCUCUUGCCGCCCCUCUCGGUCCCCGCUCCGCCAGUGGAUCUGUUCCUCUCUCUCCUGCCAUCGCCAAGACUCGCCCCGUUACCACAACUCGCACCGUAACACUAGGCAGUGCUCCCCAGUCAUCCAACCCCAACCGCCCAGUUGAAGAGUUCACCAAGUGGGCCAAACUAUCUCUAGGCAAGGGACUGAACAGCAACAUCAACGUCGACGACUUCGUCCAGCAGCUCCUCUUCCUCCCCGCCGAAGCCGAGAUCAUCUCCGACUCUGUCUACGCCAACUCCCAAACACUCGAUGGCCGCCGCUUCGCUGACGAGUUCAUCCGCCGCCGCAAGCUCGCGGACAAGGGUGUCGUUGAACCCGUCUCCCCCAGCGCCUUCGGCACCGAACAAAGCGGCACUGGCGGCUGGAGUGAAGUCGCCAAGAAGGGCUCUACUGCCAGCGUUGCAGCCGCUGCUGCCACCCAGCGUGAGGAAGAAGCUAGUAGCGCUGCAUUCAAAGUUGUCGCUCCCCGCAAGAAGGGCAAGCGGUAA